CAAGUGGGCGUGUCUAAUGGGGAUCGGCGUGUGUAUCGCAGUCAGUGCAGCUGUAGUAUUUACUGCCCCGCUGCCCUUCCCACGAGAAUGCAGUUAUUGUCAUUUACAUUAUUUUCCAAGAGGUUGCUUUAUGGCAACAACUCCGUUUAUGUAAUCCUUCAGUGAGCGUCUCUGUUGUAGUAUUUUGCAUUAGUGUCGCGCAGCGAGCAGAGGAAAGAGUGCGCGCUCCGUUCACGCGAGUAAUGCCGUCUACGAUGGAGGGCUCGUCCGAGGAAGGUGACCUGUUUACCGUCAAACACGAGCUCAGAAACGCCAAUCUGACGGGUCACGUGGAGCGAGUGGGCAUUGAGAACUUUGAGCUGCUGAAAGUGCUGGGAACAGGAGCCUAUGGCAAGGUGUUCUUGGUUCGCAAGGUGAGCGGCCAUGAUUCAGGUAAACUCUAUGCCAUGAAGGUGCUGAAAAAGGCCACUAUUGUGCAGAAGGCGAAGACGGCAGAGCACACACGCACAGAGAGACAGGUCCUCGAGCACAUCAGGCAGUCUCCUUUCCUGGUUACACUCCAUUAUGCCUUCCAGACAGACACCAAACUGCAUCUCAUUCUAGACUAUGUGAACGGAGGUGAGCUCUUCACGCACUUGGUCCAAAGAGUUCGCUUUAAAGAGCAAGAGGUUACCUUGUACAGCGGGGAGAUUGUACUUGCACUGGAGCACUUGCAUAAGCUGGGAAUCGUCUACAGAGACCUAAAACUUGAGAAUAUACUUCUUGAUUCAAACGGUCACAUCGUGUUGACGGAUUUUGGCCUUAGUAAGGAAUGUCACGAGGUAGAGAGAGCUUAUUCCAUCUGUGGCACUAUUGAAUACAUGGCCCCUGAGAUUGUAGCAGGAGGGGAGUCGGGGCAUGACAAGGCGGUGGACUGGUGGAGCAUGGGAGUUCUGAUGUAUGAGCUGUUGACCGGAGGCUCUCCUUUCACUGUCGAUGGCGAUGAGAACUCUCAUUCUGACAUUGCUGAGAGAAUUAUGAAAAAGGAUCCUCCAUUCCCCAAAGACUUGGGACCUCUGGCCAAAGACAUUAUCCAGCGAUUGCUAAUUAAAGACCCAAAGAAGAGGCUGGGCUCUGGGCCCUUAGGGGCCCAGAAUGUGAAAAGCCAUCCAUUUUACCAGAAAAUGAACUGGGAGGACCUAGCUGCUAAGAAGGUUCCGGCUCCGUUUAAGCCUGUAAUUCGUGAUGAGCUAGAUGUUAGCAACUUUGCAGAGGAGUUUACAGAGAUGGACCCGACAUACUCCCCAGCGGCACUUCCAAACAACUGUGACCGCAUCUUCCAGGGCUAUUCCUUCAUGGCUCCCUCCAUCCUGUUUAAGAGGAAUGCGGUAAUGGACGACCUAUCUCAGCUGUGUGGCGGGUCAGAGAGGCCAGGCUCUGCAGCUGUUGCCCGUAGCGCUAUGAUGAAGGACUCUCCGUUCUACAUGAACUAUGAGAUGGACCUGAGGGAGAGCGCUCUGGGAGAGGGAAGCUUCUCCAUCUGCAGACAGUGCACUCACAAAAAGACUGGACAGAAAUACGCUGUAAAGAUUGUCAGUAAAAGAAUGGAGGCACAAACACAGAAAGAGAUCGCUGCUCUGAAACUGUGUGAUGGACAUCCCAACAUAGUCAAGCUACAUGAGAUCUACCACGACCAGCUACACACAUAUAUUGUUCUGGAGCUUCUGCAAGGUGGAGAGCUGCUGGAGAGGAUCAGAAGGAAGCAGCACUUCAGCGAGACGGAGGCCAGCUGCAUCAUGCGCAGACUAGUGUCUGCAGUCAGCCACAUGCAUGAUGUUGGUGUGGUGCACAGGGACCUCAAACCUGAGAAUUUGCUCUUCACUGACGACACUGAGAAUUCAGAAAUAAAAGUUAUUGACUUUGGCUUUGCUCGGCUCAAACCUCCUGACAAUCAGCUCCUGAAGACCCCCUGUUUCACUCUUCAGUACGCUGCACCGGAAAUCCUCAAAUACAAUGGUUAUGAUGAGUCCUGCGACCUCUGGAGUUUAGGAGUCAUUUUGUACACCAUGCUAUCUGGCCAGGUCCCAUUUCAAUGCCAAGGGAAGAGUCUAAUGCACACCAGUGCAGACGAGAUUAUGAGGAAGAUCAAACAAGGAGACUUCUCUUUCGAAGGUGAAGCCUGGAGGAAUGUGUCCAGUCAUGCUAAGGAUCUGAUACAAGAGCUGCUGACGGUGGACCCUGACAAACGGAUAAAAAUGUGUGGCCUACGCUAUAAUGCCUGGCUCCAGGAUGACAGUCAGCUCUCCUCCAACCCUCUUAUGACCCCUGACAUCCUGGGAUCUUCUACCAUAUCAGUGCACACCUGUGUCAAAGCCACCUUCAAUGCCUUUAAUAAGUGUAAGCGGGAAGGCUUCCGACUCCAGACAGUUGACAAGGCUCCUUUGGCCAAACGCAGGAAGAUGAAGAAGACCAGCACCAGCACAGACACCCGCAGCAGCUCCAGCGAGAGCACGCACUCAUCAUCCUCUUCCUCCCAGUCUCAUGAUAAGACGCCACCAGGCGGAGAGACAGCCAUUAUCCCCCAGGCCUCCAUGAGCACACCUCUCACUCUGGGCCCUGAUGAUGAGCCCUCUCGGGGGGAACCCCAGCCUGCCUUCACCUUUACAGAGUGAACCUGUCUGAGAAACAAACAACAGGAUAGGUGGUUACGUAAUUCUCCCUCCAUUCUUUCUCCUAACGCUCUGGCAAGGCCGUACAACUCCAGAAUUUGCAUGCAGGGACCAACUCAAAUCCAUCACUAGCAAUAGAUGCACACCAUAAGCAUUGAAGUCAGAGCUUGAGUGAACUUCUGGUUCAAGUCCCGCAUGGCUAAAAUGCACUGCAUCCAGUCCAGUGUCUCAAACAGGAGGGAGAACUUCACUUUGAGGAGUAACUAAUCCUUCCACUGAUGGAGCAAGGAAAGUCUGCUUCUGCAGUGUCCUGACAGACCAGUUUGCUUCUGGCAAAAAAAAAAAGGAAAGGGAUAUUCAUUUUAAAAGUAUAUAAAUAGAAUUUAUUUAAGAGGAAAUUUAUUGUUAUUAUACAGACUUUCUCAAAUUUGGUUUAUAAUAGUAUUCGGUAUAUAACAAAUUUGUCAAAUGUGACAGCUCCAUUUGUGCUGGAAGCUUUGUGGUAUUAAUUCACAUAUCUAACGUCAAUCUUUGACUUCUUCCAAAAGAUUUUACUGAAGUAGCAACAAUUAGGUUUAUUAGUUUCCGUGUGAGCAUUUCAUUGUAAAACUCUUGUUAAUUAACCUUGGCAAGGUAAAAAAGACGGUUUGUUUCAUAUUUACAUGUUACUAGAAUUUUCUGUUGAGAUCCUUUCCUCAGGUUAUUUAUUUGUUUUUUUAAACAUAAACUCAAUUUUAAGAGUUGAAGACAAAAGCCAGUGGCUAAAUGUGCAGUCACAUUUACCUUUGCUUUAAGAAUUUUUUUUUGGGUGAAAUCUAGUUAUUUCACUGGGAAUCUGCACAAUUUUGCAUAGGAGCAAAAGAUUUCCCCAUGCAGAUUUUUGCUUGGUUUGAAAGUGACUUCUGCAUGAGCAUUGCUUUGACAGUGGACAAUGGACGUUUAUUGGUGAAAUUUAGCUAAUGUGACCAUAUCUUAAAUGAGAGAACGCUAGAGGUGUUGCUUUGGAUGUUGUUUUACUCUGACACUUCUUCAUUUAAGGUUUUAUAUAUAAGUUUAAGCUGGGAUUGAAUCUGCUUAAAGUCAACAUAAAAUCAAAAUGGACUCAUUUUACAUUUUUAAUGCACCAGAUUCAUUUGUAAUCUUUGCACAAACCAAAAUGUAAUGACUCUUUCUUCCUCUGCAUUGACUUUCUUUUUCCGGUGGUAUUACUUAGGCCUCUCGGGCUAUUGGAUAAUGCUACCCAGUAGCUAAAUGGUGCUUUUGUCAUAGUUUUAGCAAACUCCUAUUCAAUCUGGCUCACAUUCAAUGUAACGCUUCCUACUUUUCAUUAUCCAAUCACUUUCUGAUGGAUAGACUCAUGUCCUGCCCUACAUUUUUUCUUGUAAUCUUGUUUCACAUGAGAAUGCCUCACAUGAGUGGAAGAAAAUGGGUUUUGAUUCAUGCUGACUUUAAUCGUCUGCAAAGCUUAAUGACACGCUUACCUUACAGAAGAUAACCAUGACUGCAGGGCCAUAUUUUAGCCUGAAAUGAAGUGAUACGCCAGCUAAAAGACAUCUGUGGUUUCCUGUUUGGUGGUGGCAUGUUGUGUUUUUGGCCCUGUGUUAGGUGAUGCUUUAAGACGUGCUGCGGCAGAGUCUGUGGUGUUAAAAACGAUGUGCUUGCAUUUUUUUCGUCUUAGCAUUAUCUGUUUCACAAGCCUUGGAGGUUUUGUGACACCGAGGUGCAGUGUUGCAGAACUCAAGUUGGAGUCCAAGACCAUAUUUUCAGGAGCAUUUGGACUCAGUCAGGACUCUUGUCUGGACUUGAGUACUACACUCUUGAAAAUAAAAAGGGUUCUAAAAAUGUUUUUGUUCACUCCAUUCUAUGGCAGCAAUGCCAUAGAUGAACCAUUUUGGAUUCUCCAAAGAAACUUUCAGUGAACAGUUGCUUAAAUAACAACUCUGAAGAACCUUAUCCCACUAUAAACAAAUCUACAAUGCAAAGGUUCCAUGGUUGUUAAAGGUUCCUCAAUGAACCAUCAAUGCCAAUAAAGAACCUUUAAUUUUAAGAGUGUAUAAAACUGCUGAGCUGAUUAUGUGCUACUCAGUGUUUGUGUUUUCUAGCUGGUAAUGGCAUUUUUACAGUUGACGGUGUCAUUCAUAUCUUGUAAGCACUACAAAACUAUUUGAAAGGCACUUGAACUCUACAUUGCUAUGCAAAAGUUAUUUUCUUCCUUUCUUCUUAUGUUUCUGUUCGUAUCCUGAAAGAUCUUUAUGCAUUAGAAAAUAGUGAGUAUAAGCAGUGCCUCAUCAGGGCAAACAUAACUGCCAUUUUAGGGACAGACGCAAACUCUGGUCUCUAAGUAAAUCAUGCAUUCCACUUCCUGUGCACUAACCGAGACGAGACAUCCCAUCAUUGAGCUUUUAAAUGGCGAGGGCUGGAUUGGGACCCAGCGGCAGGUAUGCAUGCAGGAACGCACACACUCAAACACACACAAACUGGUGCUCCUGCCCACUCGAACCCAGGCAAAGGACAAGAGCAAUAAGAACAACAGGAGCUUGGCUCACUUUCAUGUGGCUGAAAGCCGCUGUGUUCGGCCUCUUCCCCAUCACUGUUCUCCCUAAGGCUCCCUCAUUACUGCCUCCUCCUUUUGUUUGGGUGUAUUAAUAGAACGGGAAUGAGGGGAGGCAGAGAGAGUCCUACAUUGAACUCUCCUCUGGGAGUGAGGCUUCCUGCGUCUAAUCGCACAAACAUGGAGCUUGUUUUAUGGUUUGAUAAGUUUUUUAGGAGUCUUUCCUUUUGUUUUAGCUGUUAAGAGAUUAAGGGCCAGACGUGGGUUUUCGUUUAGCAUUUAUAGAAGCGUAGUGAGCAUCGGCCCUUAAACUGAACAUCCUCCUUUGAUCUGUGCACUCCGUUUUUGUUGCCCUUUUUAGUGCUUGUAAAUUGUGUUGUCUGCUUGUGAAAUGUAACCGAGGGGCCCGGUGCGCUUGUAUCUGUGAUAGCACCGGGUGCGGAUGGCUCGUCUGCUUGUGGAGGUGGGCUGAUUAGCCUUUUUAAGAUCCACCUUGUUUUUAAAGGGGUUGUGGAUUUGAAGUCGGAGAGUUAAAAUGAUAGUUCACCCAUAAAGUCUGUCAUUUACUCACCCUCAAGUUGGUCCAAACCUGUCUUUAUUCUAUUGGGCAUAAAAGAAGAUAUUUUGAAGAAUGUUAGUAACCAAGCAGUUGAUGGUAGCCAUUGACUUCCACAGUAUGGAAACAGUUACUAUAAAAGUCAAUGGCU